GUGAACGAAGUUCUCUACUUUAACGCCAUCCUGGCUCCAAAAGAAUCGCGUGCAAAAUGGCGAGCAACGCAAGUGUGGAAAGAGUGUGACCGCGACGUGAUCGAGAAACUCGCUUGUCAGACGCCGGGCUCGGCGAGCGGUCGUCUGAAGCGGAAAAAGCUAUCAUUACCCGUCGGCUCAAGCGUCAGCGCCCUCUCAAGUGGAGCAGCCGAGGCGACGGACAAGCCCGAUGGAUUCUGCUUCAUGACCGAUGUCAGAGCCUCCAUGGCAGAUGUGACUUGCGGUGACUACACAUCGUCUAUCGGAGCCUCGGAACACGGCGAGGAUAACGAGUCCCGCGGUGACGAGCAGCAGGCGAUAGCCGUCACUGGCAAAGCAGGUAAACUGUCGACGUCUAGUGGCCAGGUCACCGGCAAGUCUGUGAACGAGAUGUUGGAGCGUCAGGACUUGCUGAAUAGCCUGGAACUGGACGACAACGACCUCCUCCUCGAGAACGAAGAGGCCCAGUUGCCUGGGAGCCGGGUGUUGAAAGAGGAGAGUCAUUUAACGGUGUCCACUGACUCCGACCUGGAACUGGACGACGUCGAUUUGGACGACGACGAUGAGGAGGAGGAAGAGGAGUCCUUGGUCUCGGCGCUAGCUCGCGAAGAAGGCCUCCACUUGGCGAACGACAUCAAAUUUCUAUCGGACUCCGUCGAGGACGGGCUGGAGCGCAUCCUCUGCCCCGCCUCGACGGCAGUCACCACUAGGCCAUCAUAUCUUCAUUCACAGGCCAUCAAAGCCUACGUCAUGGAGCAACAGGUGGAGCCUGGGCUACCUGAUCACCUCUUCCCCGACCUGACCACGUUGAAGUUGAAAGGAGGCGCCUGCCAGGGCGUCCCUCUGCCGCUCGGGGAGAGAAAUCUGACAAGGACACAAUCAGAGCCUAACGCCUGUAUGCCCAGUGCCUGUCUGUCCGUCAAAGGCAUGAAAACCGCGGUGACCGAUGACGUCUCCACAGUCACGGCCACGACUGCCACAGCCUCGAAGAUGGUGGCGACGUCGUCUGUCGAGACACAACGAGACCGACGAGGCAAUUGUUUGGGCGACGUCUCGUCGUCCACCUGUUCAAUAGGGCCCCGUGAUGAUGGCUCAUUUGUCCUACCGACGGCGUCAGGCGCGCUGGCAACCGCCGAGACCGCAAUGUCCGCGCCGGCCGAGCUUCUGGCGGCCUAUUCGGACCGCAAAGAUUCUGCCGUAUCUAUCGCUGUCCAGACCCUUUCGACGGGCGACAUCAUGGCAACCCAAAUCUUUCAUGAUAGCAUGAGCACUCUAGUCUGA